CGCAAGGUUUUCCUGUUGGCAGUGAAUCAGAAAUGACUCAGGUUGCUUAUGUCACUUUCAACGACGCUCAGGCAGUGGAUACUGCAUUGCUUCUUUCUGGAUCGAUGAUCAUUGUCGAUCACGUUGUCACUGUUACUCCAGUUGAGAAUUACCAGUUGCCUCCUGAAGCUACAAACUUUCAAGAGAAGUCAUUGCCAGUUGAUGGAUCCAUCAGGAAGACAGAGGAAGUGGUGAGCACCAUGCUAGCCAAGGGCUAUGUUCUUGGCAAGGAUGCACUGCAAAGAGCUAGAUCCUUCGACGAACGACACCAAUUACUCUCAUCCACCAUUACCUCACUCGACCAAAGGAUUGGACUGAGCGAGAAGAUCAGCAGCAGCACAGCUGCAGUCAGUGGGAAGUUGAGGGAGGUGGAUGAACAACUGCAAGUAUCCGAGAUCGCAAGGUCUGCCCUUGCAGCGACUGAGCAAACCAUCAUGAGCAUUCCCUAUGUGUCGACCGGUGCAUCGUGGGUCACAAGUGCAUUCGGCAGAGUGCUGAAGGCGGCUGAGGAUGUUAGUGUGAUGACAAAGGAGAAGGUAGAGAUGGCAGAAUUCAUGCAGAGGCAAGAGAUGGUGGAUGAGUUUGCUAAGCUCUAUCUAGAUGACUCCUCACCGAGAGUAAUUGUGGGGGCUGUUCCCUCUAGUUCUUCAAUGGAUGAUAGGAAACUAUGAAUCACAUGACAUUUUUGAAUGGAUCACGUUGCUGUGAAUUGAGUACCGGCUGAUCUAUGCGACAGUGAUUACCAUCCACGUUUGUUUUUUGGCUUUUUGAGGACAAAGGCAUGUUGGCAUAUAUGGCCUAUUUUGAUUCUCUCAGAGUUUAUAUAUUUGUUUGUUUGUUUUAUUUUUAAACAUACUGUAA